AUGAACUUAUCGAAGCAAGCUAAGGGUGGAACGGGUCCAAUGCCCAAAAGUGUCAAGGUUCGCUCUACAUGUAAUGCAUGUCAGCAAGCCAAGAUCCGCUGCAGUCACGAGAAACCUUCAUGUCGUCGCUGUCAAAAGCACAAUAUUGAUUGUAUUUACAGUGUGUCCCGGCGACUGGGACGCCCAGCAAAGAAGAAGGAAUCGAGGGUGGAAGAACAGGGGGCCAGUUCAUCACCCGAGACAUUGGAUCGUCCUGAGCUUGGGAAAAAGACACGAAAGGCUCCACGAAAAAAAGUCCAGAAACACGCCUCAGAAACUUUAGUUCGUUUGCGAGCAAGUAAGACCAAUGUGAAAGUUGAGGAUGAGCAAUACCCAGUUCCCAUCUCGCCAGAGGCAAAGAUGGAUGAAUGUUCCACACUCGAAAUGGAUUUCACUUCUGAGACAUGGCUUCAAGACCUCAUGUCUUGUCGUUCUGGUGGCGGACCUAGCAAUUCAGCCUUUCAAUUUGAAGAAGCGUAUGGCGAUGCUAUUGAUUCAGAAGAUACAUUUGACGCGACAUCAGAAUAUAUCAGACAUCCGGGAUCAUUACCUCCUCACAUGGUCGGAGAUCCUUAUUUUCCAGUUGGCUCAACCGGACUCGAAAUGAGCCAAAAUUUCGAACCUGAUAUGAAAGGCUUCCAUAAUUCGGAGCAUCUUGUAUCUCAUGAAGUGAAAGAUACCGAAUCAUCACCAUGGAUAUACGAAUCCUCACCAUUGAAGUUCGAAAUGCAACCAGCCUCAGAUCCAUGGAAUCUGGACCGAAGUCAUCUACCAAACAAUUCCAUAUUAGACCACUCAACAUUGAGUUACUGCCAACUUCAGUCACCAAGUACGAGUCAUGAGAGCGAGACAUACUCACCCGAAGAACCAGAAUUUCUAAACCCACUUGACAAUAACCUCAGCUUCAGUUGCAAUUGUUACAAACAAGCGAUGAGUGAACUUAUACGAUCAGGCCUUCGCGCUGGCCCAGAUGGAUCGUGCAGUAUUGACGGCAUCAUUGCAUGUCAGAAAGAUUUACUACUUCAGACAGAGUGUAUUCUGGAAUGCAAAAUGUGCUCACAGUCCGAGGUGCAGGCUAAUAUGCUAAUGAUUAUCAUUGUGACUAUUGAUAGUCUGUUGUCUACACUUGAUGUUAUUGCAAGUACAGCCAGGUCGGGUAUGGAAGAUGAGAAUAUCUCUCCCGAUCAAGUGCAUCCGGGUGGUGGAUACAAGUCCCAUGUCGAUGUCUGCCCGCUAAUCAUUGAUGGACUCAGAGUACCCUUGGAAGAAAGAUCAUAUUUCAUCAGACAGGUUUUGCAAGUUCGUCUUUCCAUGCUUUUGGUUACGAUUCGGCGGAUACGUGUUUGUAUGCAGCAGCAUUUGACUGCAGUCUUGUCCCGCGGAAGGCUACUUAUGAUUAUGGAGACUGACCGGAGGUUACAACUUAUUAUGAUGAAGAUUAAGAUGGCUGUUGGGUGA